AAUGUGAGCUCACAGUGACCCUCCUCCGAUUAUAUCCCUAUUCCUUGCCGUUGAAUAUCCUUAGCCUAACCAUGACCAUGACCAUGUCUAACUCUAACACUAAUCCAAACGGAGAUUACCGAGUCACAACCCGAAUGCUUCACCCGCAGGAUCCGAAUAGCUCCGCGGACCCUCAGGUUCCGCUUCGGAACCUCUCCUUGGUUCGGACGAGAAUGGAUUCUCUACAACGCUUCCUAUCGCAAUCUAUUAACUCCAACGCUCCCGUCACCAAUGAUCAGAUCACCACCGUCUCCAACCAGAUCGUCGCCGCCAUCCACCAGAUCAUCGUCAACGGCGCCGCCUUAGUCUCUUACUCCCAAAACAUCACAGCCGCCGGAGCCUCCGUGUUCUCGCAGGAUCCGCCGGAUCCGCCGCCGCAUCCGAAGAAGCCGAGGCUUGAAUUCUCCGCCGCCGACAAGGCCAAACAGGUGCUCGAUUUGAAAGUCGAGGCUGCAGAAGACGACGACGCAGCAGCAGAAGACUGCGACGACGAUUGCGAAAUCGUGGAGCUCGACGCCAUGGAAUUGCUCGCGGAGCACAUUCAUUUCUGCGAGAUAUGCGGGAAAGGGUUCAGGCGCGAUGCGAAUCUUCGUAUGCACAUGCGCGCGCACGGGAACCAGUUCAAGACGCCGGAAGCGUUGGCGAAGCCGUCGGAGGAGGUAGCCGGAGCCACGCGCCGGCGAGCGACGCGAUUCUCUUGUCCGUUCGAAGGCUGCAACAGGAACAAGCUGCACCGGAAGUUCAGGCCGUUGAAGUCGAUCGUUUGCGUGAAGAAUCAUUUCAAGAGGAGUCACUGUCCGAAGAUGUACUCGUGUAACCGUUGCCACAAGAAGAAUUUCUCGGUGCUCUCGGAUUUGAAGAGCCACAUGAAGCACUGUGGAGAGUCGAGGUGGAAGUGCUCGUGUGGGACCACGUUUUCAAGGAAGGACAAGUUGUUCGGUCACAUAGCUUUGUUUGAAGGUCACAUGCCUGCUCUUGCUUUGGAUGAAGAGGAUAAAGAGAAAGCGAAGCGAGUGGUGGAGGAAGAUCAAGAUCAAGAUCAAGAUCCAGUGGUGAUGACUGAAAGUGAAUUGGGUAAUUGUUUUCUUGAUGAUGGGUUCUUUGAUGAUUUUGGGUCCAUUGAUAACUACUCUUUAGGGGAAGUUUUGGGGUUUCCUAGUAAUUUGACAUGACCUGUUGUCUCUCACUUUUUUUACAUCAGAUUCAGAUAUUAUUAUUACACAUAUGGCGUAUAUUUAGGGGAUUCAUAUUCUAUUAGUAGAUUUGUAUUUAUAUGUCUUUUAUGUUCAUUGUUCAUUCGAAAGAAGAAAGUCUUGAGACUUUCUUAUUUUGAGAACUCUGUUUUUCUGUAAUUAUUAUAAUAAGGUUU